AAAUGUUUAGAGUGCCUAAUUUCUACAUGGUAGAUGAUCCUCCAUCCGUAGAUCCAACCGUCAUUCGCGUCCUUAAAGAGAAAUUCCUCAUCAAUUUCCAAGAAGGGCCGCCAAUUGUAGUUGCAGUUGGCCCUUCAGGAAGAGUUGUCCAUCCUAAUGCAUUGCCCAUGAUUUGGACAUGGGGAUCUAAGGCCUUUCCUCUUACAUCCCAAAACGAGGAAUCCCUCCGGAACACCGAGACAUCCAAGAAGGUUGAGCUGCUCAUAAAAGACCUCGACGACAAAUUACUGAAAAUGGUUCAAGAAGGGAAAAAGUCUAUUUGCUUAUACGGAGGGGAUAACUUGGAGUGGAUUAUUCAGUUCGCCAGCAAAGCAAAAGAAGUUGUUAAAUAUACUUCCGUCUAUGUGGAACUGGAGAUGUUCUUUCUGGGGAAAAGCACAGACAGUGUGUCCAAAAUGGAGAUGAUAAUCCCAUAUAUCUAUUCAAAUAGACUGGUUUCCGAAUCUCCAAAGCUUUCCGGCGCCAAGGUGCUGUCAUUCUGGGAUAACCUCCAGCGCAUGCUACUCUCCAGGGCGCAAUAUCUUAGCAAGAAAAACAGUACUAGUGUUUAUGAUGAUGAAGUGCUGCAAGGGUUGGGGAAAUUGUUGGACAAGAGUGGACGUGAAGGAUGGGCGAUGUUCAUCAAAGGGAACCACAUAGCUUUGAUCGGAGACAAGGGUUUGAGCAUGACCACCCUGAAUGACUUUACAAAAUGGAAUAGAGAUGUAGUAGAACUGAGAGGUUUCGAGGGAAUAUUGAAAUAUCUCUGGGAAAGCCUUGAAGCUGUUAGCCCUUCUGAUCGCCCAUGUUGCCACCUGCACUUCCAGCAUGAAUUGAGUGAUGAGAUGGUAGAGAACAUCAAGUGUCCAGAGUGUCAUCGGAGAUUGGGGAAGUCCACUGCUUUCUUAUGCCACAAUUCCCCGAUGAGUAAAAUAGCUAUGUACAUGCCAAGAUAUAUAUGAGUAUGAUGGUGAAGAAAUGUAAUUGGCUACUAAACUUUAAAAAACUCUCUAUUUGUGAAAAUAAAAAUAAAAAUACAAUUUGCACAUGUUAUUGCC